CCGGGGCUGACACGGGGGACGCUGAUGCGGCCGGGUGCUGUGACGGGUGCCGUGGUGGGUGCCGUGGUGGGUGCGAUGCUGCGAGCCGAGGUCGGCUGAGCUGGGUCGCGAGCGUCGGAUGCCGCCUCCGCUCGCGGGCCGCCCGUCGCUGCCGUGACUUUCUGCCGACUGAGACAGUGACACGUGACCGCCGACGGCCGAGCCAGUCCACGUCCGUCACGUCACGUCACGUCAGCAGAGUCCGUCAGUCGGACGGCACCCGGCGACGGAGACGGCUGGCACCCGUAAACGCAGAGCGGCAAGCAGUCGGGCGGCGGCAGAAAGCUGAGACUGUGAGACGCUCGUGACAGCAGGACAGCAGACAGUCGGAACAGUGUCAACCGGCAGAUAUCCGGUGACAUUGUCCGAGGAGCUGUGGACAGCGGGGCGGUGCAGGCUGACGCCGCAGAUCGUUGACCCGACCCCUGGGCUGGCCCGCAGUGCUGACCGCGACCCCGGUGAUAUUCACUCUCACUUAAUUGCGACAACUGCGCCGCGUCGGACAGCUGAGCUGUGUUUCGCUGGGCAGCGGCAGACGGACAAAACAGUGCUGCAGACAGUUAAAACAGCGCCAGACGGCUGGAGUGGUUGUUUCCAAGGCACAGCAGACAGUCGAGAUAGGGUCAAACAACUAAGCUGACUGCACUGGGAACUAGCACUCCGCUGAGUGCCGUCAGGCAGCGGUAGCUAUUUAAGACAGCUUGGGUGCCGCGACUGAGGGCAUCAGACAGCCAAGACAGUGGCAGACAGGUGUAGCUGUUUGUGGUCGUGACAAGCGAUGCCAUGAUGGCCCGGUGUCUGCCUCGACCGACCCUUCUUUUCGUCGUGUGUUUAAACGUUCUUCUCCAUAAAGCGAGCGUCGCCGAGCCGGUGUCCAGCUACGGUCAGCCGUCAUCCGGCGACGCGCUGCUGCGGCUCACGUACGGCGGGCCAGCCAACGUGACAGCGAGCGUCGGCCAGACGGCCAAGCUGCUGUGCCAGAUCCACGACCUGGGCGACAGGGCGGUGUCUUGGAUCAGGAAGCGGGACCUGCACAUCCUAACGACGGACAUCUUCACGUACACCUCGGACGCGCGGUUCCAGGUGGCCCAUUUGGAGGGAUCCACCAACUGGACGCUGCUGGUGAAAUACGCGCAAGUACGAGAUAAUGGCAUCUACGAAUGCCAGGUGAACACCUCCCCGAAACUAUCUCUGGCUUUCAACCUACAUGUUGUAGAAUCUUUUGCGAGGAUUCAAGGACCACGGCGAGUUUACGCAAAGUUUGACUCCGUGUUGAGACUCACCUGCGUCGUCAACAUGCCCAAAAAUAAUGAAGUGAACCUGACCUGGCUGCUGGACGGCCGACCCCUCAGCAAGGAGCGUUGGGUCACCGAGACCUCGGACGAGUACGUGACGUCGCGACUGGUGAUCCGUGGCGCACGCGGACGCGACUCGGGCACGUACACGUGCGCUCCAGAUCGCGCGGCACACGCCCACGUGCACGUGCACGUGAUCAGUGGCGAGCAUCCAGCGGCAAUGCAGCAUGGCGUGGCCGGCGGACAACAAAUCAAGACUCCGGUCUUCUAUGUGAUGUUUACCUGCUAUGUUAUUGUUGCGUGUUCUAGAUAAUAAACGACUGUUUUCUUACA